UGCAAGUCCAGGGGGCUGCGCCUGCGCCGCACGCUGCACCCCGAAGUGUUUCUCAUCGCCAACAAGCAGGUGCUCAGCGUGUCCGAGCACCAGGCGUACCGUGACUUUGUCACCGCCAUGGCCAACAUCAUCCAGCUGGAGCACCGCGCCGAGAACCGCUCGUUCAAGCUGACGGCGGUGCUGAGUCGCAUGUUCAAGCGGAGGCCCUCGUAGACCAGGACAGGACCAGACUGAGGCCGCGUCACCGUGGUGCCCGUGACGAACAGACUGGCCGUCCCCGCGGUCCCCGCGAUGUGCCAACAGUGUAGUGUAGUCUCUUCCCUGAGAAUCCCUGCCAUCCCCAAAGUGACUGACGGCCCUGCGAGUGGCGGUGUCCGGCCAAGCCCGGCAGUGCCCGGCCACGCUGGGGUGCGAAUAGUGGCGCGACUGCCAAUAGCGGACGCCGUGCAGAUCGUCGUGACGGAGGCCACGCCUCGAGACCCGUUGACUAAGGCCGCUCCCAAGCUGGGCACUUUGUUCGGUAGCGAGGAUGGCAAGUACCUCGCGGCCGCAUUGGGCGAACCGCUCCUGCAGGGGCUCAACGAGAUCGCCGAGAAGAAGCCUCGCGACCCGGUCGGCUACCUGGCCAACUUCCUGUACAACUUGACCAUGGACGGGAACGCGCCGGCCGCGCCGGCCGCCGCCCCCGGCGCUGCACAGGAAGGGCCGGUGCUGCGCGCCGAGGGUCUCCCCGACAUGACCGCCGUCGGGAACGAAGCUGUGCUGCAGAGAUCCGACUCCCAGGGGUCCGAUCUGGUCCCGCCGGAGUCCGCGUUCAACGUGUCGAACCGGGACGAGUUCGGGCAGUCCCCGCUGCACUUCGCGGCGGCGCGCGCGCACGGACGCGGCGGCCUGAUGCAGCUCAUGAACGACGUGGACCUGAACCCCGCGCUGCGCGACGAGCUGUACCGCACGGCGCGCGACGUGGCCAUCCAGGCCGGGCUGCUGGAGAACGUGGCCGAGAUCGACCGGUGGGUGCUGUCGCUGGCGGCGCGCGGCUCCACGGACAGGCUGGCCGAGAUGCUGCUGGCGGGCUACGACUACAUCCUGGGCGCGAGGGAGGGCCCCGACGUCGGCAUCGUGGACGUGGCGGCGCAGCGCGGCCACAACGAGACCGUCGCCUUCCUGGAGUCCAUCCCCGCGUUCGAGGAGCGGCGUGACCGCGUGCUGCGCGCCGUGCGCAUGGGGGGCGGCCAGGGCACGCAGGAGGUCGCCGAGCUGCUGCAGGUGGGGGACUCACGGGCGCGCCUGCUGGCCACGGCCAGGAACACCAUGGGCCGGUGCUCGCUGCACGUCGCCGUGCUCUGCCAGCAGGAGCAGCUCGUCGCCUUCCUCGCCCACAACUUCCCCGAGACGCUCGCCGUCGGCGACAACCUGGAGCGCACCGCGCUGCACUACGCCAUGGGCGUGGAGGGCGUGGAGUCCCUCAGCAAGCUCCUCAUCAAAGCAGGUGCCAAGCGGGUUGCCAAAGACUUGAAGGGGCGUCAGCCUAGCUACUACUUCAUGAACAAGAGCGACAUUCAGAACCUGCAAGAGGAGGAAGAGGCUCAACUGAUCUAGAAAGCGGAAGACUCAAGAGUGUGAUAAAGUAUUCAGAAUUUCCAAAUGCGUUCUGCUCCUUCUCGGGAUCAACUGGUGUUUUGUAGGCAUGAUUCUCAGGUAAUUUAGUAAGUUUUACGAUAAGGUAGCAAUAAGGGAACGAUGUACCCAUGGGGGACCUAUUUAUUGCUAAUUGUAGUUUUGUUAUGUUUAUGUUAUUUAAUUAGUUUCUUUUAGUACAUCACAAAUUCAGAAAAAGACGAAGGGAAAAAUGUAGCGAUAGGUUCGUAUAAAAUCAAGUGCCACAAAUUUGUAGAAACGAGAAAAUUCACUGGGUGGUCGGUAAUGUAACCCUAGCCUAUUACAGACACUCUAAGCAGCUGAUAAAAAUGUGAUUCUCGUCCAAUAAACGACGAUUUAAC